AAAUCGAAGAGAGAGAGGCAUUAGUUAAUUUUACCGAACCCUCUCUUCUCCUCUCUCUCUCUCUCUCUCUGACUGCCUCGCAAGCCUCGCCUCGCCUCGCUAGGAAGGAAGGAGAGAGUGGUUGCUAGGCUAGCAGCAGGAGCGAGGCGGAGCGGAGCUACUCCUACUAGCUUCCCUUUCGCGGCCAUCCAUGCGCGCACGCGCGAGCGAGGCGUGAAAUCCGAGCAAUGCCGAUGGUGAUGGCGCGCGGCCUGCCCCGAUCCGCUCAUCUGUAGUAGAGGUGGGAGUGGGGUUGGUGGUGGUGGUGGUGUGGUGGCGCGAGAUGGGAUCUGGAAGCAGCAAGGCCGGCGCCUCGUCGGCGUCAUCUUCGUCGUCGGCGUCGGCGUCGGCGUCGGCGUCCGGCGGCGACGAGGCGAGUAAGGGGAAUGGGAAGGGGCAGCGGAGGGGGAGGGGGAGGGGGAGAGGCCUGCUGCAGCGGCUGCCGAGCUCCUCCUCCUCCUGCUUCCGCGGCCACGGCACGCCGUCGCGCGACGACGCUUCCUCGGCGUCUUCGCCACCGCCACCGCCACGGCCGCCGCGGCGGCCGUUCGAGUCUAGCAAGGGAGAGGAGAAUGGAAGCCUGCCUUCAAUCGCUCAAAUGGACAAAUCAGAAGAGGAUGCUCCCACAAUCCCUAAAUCUCAUCCAGGUGAAGGGGCAACAUUGCCUUCAUCACAUAUAAACAGGGAUCAGGAUGUUGAUGUAUUGCAGAAUGCCACUGCCGUCAACAACAGGGUGGAGGUCAACCAGUCACCAAAUCAUUCUGACAGUUCACGGCCACGUUUUGGUGUCAACUUCGGGUUGAGUAGAGCUGUCAGCUUGGGAUCAUCGGUAGCCUGCUCCAUUCUCUCAUCGGACCUCUCCACUUCAGCUAAUCCUGAUGGAGGCCAUGGAAAUGUGGACAAUUCUUCUGAUGCAAACAUCUCCCAGCAAGGUGGUGCAUCAACUGCUGGGAUUGAUUCGACUCUGGAUAUGCUUAGAGAUAGUGUAACCGCACAAGCUAGAGCAGCCCAUCAGGCUAGGAGAAAUUUGCUAGAAUCCGACAAUGCUAACUUGAGAUAUUCCAACAGAAGGAUGGGACCUCAGGAACCUUUUGAAGGCAGUGUUCGAUUCAGCCGAACGUUGAGUGUUGGACGUCUUCGUGACAGAGUUCUUAGGAGGACUCCAUUCUCAGAUGGGUUAUUCACCCCUUCACUUCUUUACGAUAGGGCAAUAUGGCCAUCAGGAAAUGCUAGUGCCAGGCAAAAUUCAGCAAUCAUGCAAAGGACUAAUUCAGAGAGAAAUUCUGAACUGCAAUUGGAUUCUUCAACCGACUCUGCAACUCUAAGAGAGGCCAAUAAUCGGGAUCUACUGGAGCGCAGAUCAGCUUUUCUUGAGAGGAGGAGGAUACGAUCUCAGGUCCGAGCUCUCCAAAGAUUGGGCAGCAGGUAUGAAAAUCUAUCAGGACUAUCAGGACAUGAGAGAUCAUGCAUACUAUCUGGUCAGCAUAGAACGGGAAAUUGUAAUUGCAGAACGAGCAGUCGACCAGGAAAUUCUGAUGAAGAAACAAACACAAGAGCUAGCAUAUCAAGAAUCGUUAUGUUAGCAGAAGCACUUUUUGAGGUUCUGGAUGAGAUCCACCAACAGUCUGCUGCCUUAUCCUCAAGGCCAUCGUUUUCUUCAAUUGGGUCCGUUCCUGCUCCAAAGGAGGUUGUCGAGCGUCUUCCUGUAAAAGUAUACAGGAGAUCAUUAAAACACCAAACUGAGGAGGCUGCACAAUGCUACAUUUGCCUUGUUGAAUAUGCCGAGGGAGACUGUGUCCGUAUUCUUCCAUGCAAUCAUGAAUUUCAUCUAACAUGCGUAGAUAAAUGGUUGAAAGAGAUACACAGGGUUUGUCCACUUUGUCGUGGUGAUGUCUGCAGAUCCAAUGCAUCAGGCAUUGGAAAAACCACAUGAUCUUCUCUUCUGUGAGAAAAAUGGAGCUUCUGACAUUGUUUCUGAUCCAAUCCCAACAGAAUUUGUAAUACACGUGUUUCAGGUGUAAUUUCACAUAUUCUUUCCCUCCUUCGAUCAGGACAACUCAGAGUGCUCCUUCAUGUGGUGGCAAAUUUGCAUCGCAGUCAUCCCUGUUAUAAAAUCGAUGAACUGCCAUGUGAAUUUGGAAUUCUUGUAUGGCAAGGGAAGUUUGUUGAUAUUAGGAUUUCAUUAUACGUUUUCUUUGAGUGUUGUUUGAACUUGUUGAGACGAUGACUGUCUUUUUAGAUGCAUCAGCCAACGACAACUUUCAAAAUUGUGUUGUCAUGCUGAAGCAAUCAAUAGAUUUUUCAUGCUAUAUGGGUUUGAUGAGGCAAA